GCUCUACCACAUGCUCCUGCUGUCAUGACGUGCUGCCCCCACCGCUAGAAGCCUAAAAGCAAUGUGUCUGCCUGAUCGUGAACUGGAACCUCCGAAACCCUGGGUCAAAAUCAACUUUUUCUCUUUAUAAGUUGAUUAUCUCAGAAAGAACCCUGUUGACGGUGAUGUUUGUAUAAGUCAAAGGAGAAGGGACAGCGAGAAUGUCAGCCCUUAACUGGAAGCCAUUUGUCUAUGGAGGGCUGGCCUCCAUCACAGCUGAAUGUGGCACAUUUCCAAUUGAUGUAACCAAGACACGGCUUCAGAUUCAAGGCCAGAAAAAUGAUGCCAACUUUAAAGAAAUUAGGUAUCGAGGAAUGUUGCAUGCAUUGGUGAGAAUAGGCAGAGAAGAAGGGCUGAAGGCUCUGUAUUCAGGGAUUGCCCCCGCCAUGCUACGCCAGGCUUCCUAUGGCACCAUCAAGAUAGGCACUUACCAGAGCUUGAAGAGAUUGUUUGUUGAACGCCCAGAAGAUGAAACCCUACUGAUCAAUGUCAUAUGUGGAAUUCUCUCUGGUGUCAUAUCUUCAUCCAUUGCUAAUCCAACUGAUGUUCUGAAAAUACGAAUGCAAGCACAAAACAGUAAUAUUCAAGGUGGAAUGAUAGGCAACUUCAUCAACAUUUACCAGCAGGAAGGUACGAGAGGACUGUGGAAGGGUGUGUCCCUUACAGCUCAGAGGGCUGCUAUUGUUGUUGGUGUGGAGCUACCAGUCUAUGACAUUACCAAGAAGCAUUUGAUUCUCUCAGGCCUGAUGGGAGACACUGUGUAUACCCACUUCCUCUCAAGCUUCACCUGUGGUCUGGUGGGGGCCCUGGCCUCAAACCCUGUUGAUGUUGUAAGAACCCGUAUGAUGAAUCAGAGAGCCUUUAGAGACGGCAGAUGCUCUGGCUACACGGGUACCCUGGAUUGCUUGUUACAGACAUGGAAGAAUGAAGGCUUUUUUGCUCUAUAUAAAGGGUUUUGGCCAAAUUGGUUGAGACUUGGUCCUUGGAAUAUCAUCUUCUUUGUGACAUAUGAACAGCUGAAGAAAUUGGACUUGUGACAAAUGAAGGCUGCACGUGACAUCUGUCUGUAAACGCUGACUUCUGCAACAGUAGAGCUUCCUGUGUCUCACUCUGCUUCUCACUGCUGGGCUCAUCACAGAUUCUGGGAUGGGAGCAACAGAUGAAGAAGGCGAGGGCGGUUCAGAUCGCUGCUGUUGGCAUCGGAUGCUCUUCAUCAGCAUUUAAUGGCCUACACUGUAACACCCACACACUAGUCCUUAUCACUGAAGUGCCCUUUGACAUCAAAGAUAAUGUACAAAGAAAAUUUGCAAGAAAACCAGGUACCGUGAACUGUUUUUUCUUCAGGUAGAGCAGCUCCUGAUGCCUCUCAGCUUAUAACUACAGAUAUCAGCCUGCUUUAAAACAGCUCAUGGAAAUGAUGCAGUGGAGCCUCCAAGACAGUGCUGUUGUUCCCAAAGUGCUGGGAGCUUUGACUUCUUGUCAGCUGAAGACAUUUCAUGUGUGGAGACCUGUACUUGUUAACCCCAGGUAUAGACAGGGCAGGAAAUAGAUCCUUGGAAUAUUGCACUGCUUUAUAAUCUUCUGUCUUUUCAGAAUCUUUCACUUAUAAUAAGUGAUUUUAAGUCAUUGAAGACUUGACCUUUGUGAGGAAUUGUUACAGUGUAUUAAUACCUAACUUCACAGUGGGGUGAUGUGUUGGCUUCCAAGGUUACAAGUCUGUGGGUGGGAGAUGUUUUCAAGUGCUUGCCUUCUGUUUUAGGUAAUGUUAGUAAUUCACUCUAUGAUUUUUGGCAAAAUUUAUUAUUUCCCAACCUAGAAAACGGGGAUAAUGACCUCUAAUGAUGUUGGGGUCAAAUGAAGAAAAGAAGAGCAGGUGUUUUAUGUGACCUGAAGGGAAGUAUGUUUACAUUAUGUUGUCAGCUAUAAUCUCUAAACAGUCUGUGGAUGUGAAGAAAGUUUUGUUACCACAGGCUUCUCACAGUAACAGUGAGUAAAGCCCUUUGUUAAAGGAAGAACAUUGUAAAUGAAGGUUUUUCUUAACAAAAUGUUGCUAGUGAAUUGGGUUGAUUUUUCUGGAUUUCUAACUUUUACGUCCUGUCAUAUUUGUUAAAAUGUUUCCUUUCUUGGACUUCCUAGUUAGUUUGGAUAUAAAAUACUUGUUUGAAAUUUUUUAAUUUUUUUUUUUUUUUUUUUUUUUUUUUUUUUUUUGGUGCUGCUGGGGAUUGAACCCAGGGCCCAGGCAUGCUAGGCAAGUGUGCUGCUACUAAGCCCAAAACAGUUUCUUUAGUGCACCUGUUUAUCUCAUUUCCAAUAAAAGGUAUAUGAUAUUUUCCUUUUUUCUCUUUUCUUUUUUUAAUGCUGUGAUAAAUCGUUCUCCUUCCUUCUUUUCUUCAUCUUAUUUUUAAAGUAGAUCCACCCUUUAGGAACCACUGUAAAUUCUAACUUGGGCUGCAGGGCGGGCCAUUUCUAUAGAAUGUGCCAGAUAGAUUCCCAGUUUGUCUAGCCCCAGGGCGCCUUGGGAGAGAGGAAAUACAGGUUUUCUUUAAGGAUCAGGCAAUUUUUCCUCUAGGCCAUUUUCACCUUGUCAAUUUUAUUAGUGUUCCCUUUGGAAAAGAUUUUGUGAAACAGAAUUUUAUUUCCAAAAGUAAAAGUUUGGAAGACAAAGGCAUUAUAAAAAAUAAAAAAAAAAAAAAAAAAGAAAGAAAGAAGGGUCAUUGAUG